AUGGUCAUGAGCUUUUGUCUUCCCUGCCUUGUCUGCCAGCCUCAUGCUCUCAACUGCUUUUACCUGCGGAACAAUGGUAAUUCUAAGGAUGGAGAUGUGCUGCUCACUGCCUUCUUCCCCAUCUAUUUAUACACCAACAAAAUGGACACCUACCAUUCAGGAGAGCAGUCCAUGUUCACAAGGAUUCAAUUCAAGAACCUCCAGUACCUGCUGGCUCUGGUGUUUGCUGUCGAGGAAAUCAACAGGAACCCCCAUCUCCUGCCCAACCUCACUCUAGGAUUUGAUUUCUACAAUGUCAUGCACAGCAACAGGUGGACGCUGGAGAAUUCCCUCACAUGGCUGACAGGGCUGGACAGAGGAAUUCCUAACUACUCAUGCAAGAGUGGGGUCAAGGCUAUGGCAGUCAUAUCAGAGACAAGCAUUUCAGUCCAGAUGGGGACACUGCUGGAACUGUACAGAAUCCCACAGCUCACAUUCGGCCCUUUGGAUCCUCUUCUGAGUGACAGCAGUCAGUUUCCCUCCGUCUAUCAGAUGGCCUCAAAGGACACUUCUCUGGCCCUCGCCAUGGUCUCCCUGAUGCUGCACUUUGGCUGGACGUGGGUGGGACUUGUUGUCUCAGACAAGCAGGAGGGUGUGGCAUUUCUCUCCGAUCUGAGAGCAGAGAUGCAGGAGCAUGGCCUCUGCCUGGCCUUUGUGGAGGUGAUCGCAAUGUUUCAGAUCCAGCCUGCCCUGGCAGCUAGGCACAGAAUGCCCACCCGAAUCAGCAGCUCAUCAGCCAGCGUGGUCAUUCUCUUUGGUGACACAGGAUCUCUCACGUAUGAGAACUUUCAGACAUGGCAGUCGCUGAUAACAUGGAAGGUCUGGGUCACCAACUCCCGCUUGGACUUUGCUACCAGUGAGCAACAUUUCCUGUUGCAUUCCUUCCAUGGCACCCUCAUCUUCUCUAACCACCGCCGCGAGAUUCCGGGAUUCCAAUGCUUUUUGCAAACACUAACCCCUGCCAGGUACCCAGAGGACGUUUACCUUGCCCUGUUCUGGUCUCUGGCCUUUCACUGCUCCAUUUCCAAUGCUGACUGCAGGACGCUGCAGGGCUGUCCCAUAAAUGCUUCCCUGCAAUGGCUGCCCUGGGAGGAAUUCGACAUGAGGAUGAGUGAUGGGAGUUACCACAUAUACAAUGCGGUGCAUGCAAUAGCACAUUCCCUGCACAAGAUGCAUCAACGUGAUUCAGAAAUGCAGCCAAGGAGGCUUAAGGGGAAGACAAUGGCACCCCGCUGGCAGAUGCACCCCUUCCUCAGGAGCCUCCAAUUUACAAAUCCUGCUGGCGACCCUGUGAACUUGGACCAGAAAAGAAAGCUGGCUACAGCCUAUGACAUUCUCAACUUCUGGAAUUUUCCUGAAGGACUUGGCCAUAAGGUGAAAGUGGGACAUUUCUCUCCCUAUGAUCCACCAGGGAAACAGUUGUCUGUCUCUGAGGAGUUGAUAGAGUGGGCCACGGGGAUCACACAGACCCCACACUCAGUGUGCAGUGCCAGCUGUGGCCCUGGGUUCAGGAAGAUUGCCCGCGAAGGGGAGCCUGCAUGCUGUUUUGAUUGUAUCCCCUGUCCAGACAACAAGAUUGCCAACAAGACCGAUAUGGACCAGUGUGUGACAUGUCCUGAUCACGAGUAUGCCAAUGCAGAGCAUGACCAAUGCCUGGAAAAACAAGAGACUUUCCUGGCUUUCAAAGAUCCCCUGGGAAUGGCCCUGGCCUACAUGGCUCUGGCCCUCUCCAUCCUCACAGCUGCCAUCCUAGGAGUCUUUGUGAAGCACCGAGACACACCCAUCGUCAAGGCCAAUAACCGCAACCUCACCUACAUCCUGCUCUUCUCACUCCUCCUCUGCUUCCUCUGCUCCUUCCUCUUCAUUGGCCGUCCCAACACAGCCACCUGCCUCCUAAGACAAAUCACAUUUGCCCUGGUGUUCACACUGGCUGUUUCUGCUGUGCUGGCCAAAACCAUCACUGUGGUUCUGGCCUUCAAGGCCAUGAAGCCUGGAAGGACUAUGAGGCGAUUGCUGGUGUCAGGAGCCCCAAACGCUGUUAUUCCCAUCUGCUUCCUCAUCCAACUGACUCUCUGUGGCAUCUGGCUGGCAACGUCUCCUCCCUUUGUGGACACAGAUGCACACUCUGAGCAUGGACACAUCAUCCUCUUGUGCAACGAGGGCUCCAUCACUGCCUUCUACUGUGUGCUGGGCUUCCUGGGCUCAUUGGCCCUGUGCACCUUCACUGUGGCUUUCCUUGUCAGGAAGCUGCCUGACAUGUUCAAUGAAGCCAAGUUCCUGACAUUCAGUAUGCUGGUGUUCUGCAGUGUGUGGGUGACCUUCCUGCCUGUGUACCAGAGCACCAAAGGGAAGGUCCUGGUGGCAGUGGAGGUCUUCUCCAUCUUGGCCUCUGGUGCUGGUCUGCUGGGCUGCAUCUUUGUCCCCAAAUGCUACCUCAUUCUCCUAUGGCCCGAGAAGAAAUCCCUGAAAGGAUUCAAGAAUAUUCAUUCUCAGACCAGCUUCUAA